AGUUUCUCCUCUAUUAUUUGUAUUAAUAUAUAUUGUUAUUUGGAUAAGUGUUAUAUUAUGUGCUACAAAGUUGUAUCAUUAAAGUUGAUGUGUUCUAGGAAGUGGAGUAGAUCUAGAUCUAGGAUAAAACUAGACUACGACUACCAGUUGCAAUUAUUCUUGAGCAGAAUUUAUUUUCCUGUACUGUUGGUAGCAAUUUCAUGUACUGUUUCAGAUGUCACGAACAUGACAGUUGCAACUAUCGAUUCAGCCAAUCCUACAAGAGAUAUUCAAAUUUGCACCUAUAUUUCCGAACCGUAAUAACAAUAGCUAGCAAUAUACUGACUGUAAUUUAGAUGUACCAGGUGGUAAUGUAAACUAUAGGAGAGCAAGACCAAUAAAGAUUUGAUAAAAGAUGCUGAUACAACCUUUGUUUCAUCCUAUUCAGACUUUUAUUAGUGUUUCAAAAUAUGGUACAAAAUCAGUCGUUAAUGUUCUACAUCAGCUGGUGGUUUUGUGGUAUUCUUCUGCUAUUCGUUUAAUUAGAAAUGAAUCUUAUUCUUCGUUAUUUUAUUAGUCUUAACUGACAACGAUUUAUCACACCAU